CAUUAUAAAAAUAAUUUGCGUAAUUCUAGAACAGUUUAACAGCCAUCAAGGCUCACAAGAAUUACCAAGAAAUCAAACAAAUCACCUAGAUGUAGACUAGAAGUUUUUUUCCCAUUGUUUUAUGUUUGUUUAAAGUUUUUUUUCUGGUAUCUGUCAUCAUCGGGGGUGUGCACAAGAGAUGGACUCAAAACGCUACGAUUACGGGACGAGGCCAAUUCCCACCGAAGUAUCCUCAGUUCCACCAUCGCCAUCAAUGUUCAACUCAAGUUAUUCAUCGUCACAAUAUGAAUCGAGUAAAAGUCGAACAACAUCAUCAAGAAGAACGCCAUCGCCCUCAUCCUCCGAUUACAGAAGCAGCAGUAGUCGAUUCACCAGAAUGGACACAUCAUCACCGGAGAGAGUGCGUCGAAGAAAACGCAGUUCAUCAAGAUCGCCAUCUUCACGUUCAUAUCGACGUUCACGUUCAAAUGACAGAGAUCGUGACAGGGACAACAAUAGAGAUCGCGAUAGAAUGAGAAAAUAUUCCCGACGCAAUGAUAAAUCAUCGAGAUCAAGAUCGCGCGGUAGAUCGAGAUCAAGGGGUAGAUCACGUUCACGUGGUACAUCAAAAUCACGCUGUAGAACACGAUCCCGCGGUAGAUCAAGAUCACGUGACAAACAACGUCGUAGUCGUAGUCGUAAUAAGAGUCGUGACAGACAAAAAUUUCGUGAUAAUCGCAAUAAACAACAGAGAACAACAUCAUCAUCACAAUAUGAAUGUGAAUCAAUUGAUGAGUGUCAUGAGUCGUCGUCGUCAUCAUUUUCCAUGGCAAAUUUACCGCCGCCCAAUGCAUUCAAAAAUGAUGGUAGCUUUAUGGAGAUGUUUAAAAAAAUGCAAGAACAAAUGCCAGUGCCUGAAAAGCCGACAACAUCCGUCCUCGAGGAGAAACCAGUUGCACCACCACCUCUAAUGGUUGGCAAACGAAGAGGUGGACGAAUUUUAAAAACUGGAAUGGUCGCUAAACCAAAAGUCGAACAAGUCACCGAACAACCAAAAGACGCAUGGUCGUUGUACAUGGCGGAGGUGAAAAAAUAUCGUGAAGUCUGCUGUCAGGAGGAAGAUAAUACCAGGCCACUUGUCAAAUAAUUUUUUUUCUUAUUUUUUUAAAAAACUAUUUUUUGUGUAAAAAAAAACUGUCUUAUUUUUUAUUAUUAUUUUUUUUCAAUCAAAAAAACAUAUAAUAGUGUUUUAAUAUUAUGUUAAAAACUGAUAUUUUUUUUAAGACACUUAGAGACGAAAUAAAAGUAAUUUAAUGAAAAAAAAAAUAUCGGUGUUAGUGUUAUGUGAUGAACUAGAGCGAGAGAGAGACUGAGAAAAGUUUUUUUUUCUUGUUUCUUUUUGAUAUUUUAGAAAAUUUUGAGAUAUUUUUACAUUUGGGAAAAAAGUCGCUUUUGUUUUUUGAAAAAAAGAAAAGUUUUUCAGUUCUUGAAAAUGAA